AUGUCCUUGACCGAUCAGGGCCACCUCGAACACACCUUAACACCAGAUCGCCAGCUUAAUCCUAGUUUUGAGUCACCGGGUGCGACAAUUCCUAAGGGUUCAGCUAGCACGACUCGUUUCCCAGGUCAAAACAAAGCUGCGGAUUCCCCCAUUGGUGAUUCCCCGGAGGACGCCAACGUGAACGAUGAAAUCGACCAACGGGAUACACUUUCGGAGCUCUUUGAAGACCUCGAACAACUAGUUGCUUCACCUCACGCUCUCAACAAUGCCGCCCCUCACCAGCUAGCGCUCGAACCGUCUGGUUUGUAUAAUCCUUCCCUUGUCACCCCUGGAGCUCCAACUCUCCCAAGUGCACGUCAUAAAAUCGCCAAAGUACCCUAUGAACAAUCAACAGAUCAUCAUUGGGCCAUUCUGUCUGUCGCACCUGAAGACCUUAUGGAAGACUGUGAACGUAUGGGCUCUAUGAUCCCUCAAAAGCGUCGUCACCCCUCACAUCACGUAGAUGAUCAGCGUAAGCGCGUACGUCAACUGUCGUGGCACAACAGCGGUUCUCCCAUACGAUUUCAGACUUUGGAAAUCCCCGUGGUCCCUUGCAAAAGUCCUCGCAUUUCAAAUGACCUCAAGGAACAGGACUUCCCUCGCAAACGUCCUCAUAUCUCGAUUGACGUCGAGGAACAGGACUGUAAGCGCUCUUGUACACGGUCCAGCAACCACGGUAUCCCCGUGACUUCUCCAAAUCAUGCUUUAUCACAGCUUCACCGGAUUCCUCCUCAUCAGGAGCCUGGAACGGGAGUCGAUGGUCAAGUGGAACAGGUAUACCACGACCCUCAGGUUCAUGUGAAUUCCGACCAAUCAGAUUCAUCAUCCAUACGAUCCAGCCCACGUGCAUCACCACAGGGCCUUCCGCUCAGUUUGCUUCCAAAUUAUCCUUACCAAACUCCCAGUCAAUCACGUCCUCAUUCUCGGGAAUCCAUGAAAAGCAAUUCUCACCAAUCAAACUCAUCAUCCAUACGAUCCCACCCACGCUCAUUACAGCAGGGUCUUCUGCUCAAUCUGCCUCCGAAUUAUCCUCACGAAACUCCCCGUCAAUCACAUCCUCAUUCUCGGGAGUCGAUGAAAAGCAACAACAGACCUUCUCCCAUGAUUCCAGACCGUCUUCAAAGCGCUUCCGUCAAUUCCAAUGUAGAUAGGCCAAACUCCUCUGCUCACCUUCGAGUUUCUCACCCGCAAAAGCCGCAAUCACCUUCAACUUUGUACAGUUCGUAUCUAACACAGUCACCCCAGAGUUUCUUGACCCAUCACCAGAUUGGAGGAGUUGAAACAGCAUACGAUCCUACCCGCUUAACCAACCCUGCCUAUGAGCAACCUCGAAGUCAUGCUUCUAUCAAUAACUCCCUGAGGCCUCAGCCACCUUAUGACGAUCAUAGUACAGCUCAAGAUGAAUCUUCACCCCAUCUAACCUAUGUAGGCUCUCAGAUCUCUCCUGGAUCUCAUUCUCGCACCCCUCAAGAAUCAAUGGGAGGGAAACUACAGCACCUACAUCACGCGCAUGCUCAGCAGCUCUCUAGAUCUCUUAAUCUUCCCACUUCAUCUUCACAGUAUUCUAUCGAUGUGAACAACUCACCACUUGUGCAAUCUCAACCCGAAACACGAAAGCGCUUUCAAAAUAUAAGCCAAGCAGAUGCUCAGGUCUUUACCCAUCAAAACGGCCCAAGCGAGGAUGUCACGUUCAAAUCAGCUCCUGUUAAUCCUCUGAAUAUUACAAAACAAUCUGUUCUCCCUUCUGAAGAGAUACCAAGAAGGCAGGAAGGAUGUUCGCACUCGGAUCAACAAUAUGUUGAAACUUCCAGUGCCAUUCAUGAUAUUGAUGAACCAAACAAUCCACCCAACGCACAUCAUCAGUCAGCUUACCUACAACCGCGUAUGUGGGAUGGCUUUCAAUUCGAAUUUGGAGAACAUAAGGUACCUCACUCUACUGUGCCUGCGUUGACUUCAGCAUGCUCCGCUACAUUUCAGCCAAAUCAAGAUCGAACUCCUUCUCAAACAUCCUCCAGAAUAUACUCCAAAAUGUAUCUUCCUUCCCCUAGGUUUCAGCAAAAUCCAGAUCCGAGUGCUUCUCACAGUGGUCGAUCCUCCAGGAUGUCGUUCUGUUCCCGAGAAUUCGAGCAACUUCAAGAUCAGAGUGGUUCUCAAUCCGAGCCAUCCACCAGGAUGUCUCUCUGUUCCCCCGACUUGCAGCAGAACCAAGACCAGACUGCUUCUCAUAGUGGUCGAUCCUCCAGGAUGUCGUUAUGUUCCCGUGAAUUUGAGCAAAUUCAAGAUCAGAAUGGUUCUCAAAGUGGGCGAUCUACCAGGAUGUCUGUCUGUUCCCCUGACUUGCAGCAGGAUCAAGAUCGGAGUAUUUUCGAGAGCAGUCGAUCUUCCAGGAUGACUUUUUGUCCAGAAAACAAUCCUCAACCUAACCUCCCCCCUGUAGAUGCAUCUGCUUAUCAACACCCACCGCCAGUGCUCCCUUAUAAGACUUCUACAUCCGCUCAUUUAGACCAAACAUCCAAUCGGACACAAGGUUUACGUGUUGCAAGUACAGAUGUUGCUGACUACAAUCAGAUCUUCCGUCUCAAUCCAAUUCAACCUUCCCUUCCUACUAGCCAUCAAGCCUAUGUCGAUCCUCAAACUGGUCCUCGUACUCCCCACAUAGGCCAUCAAACCAAUGACCCACCUCGACAUUGUCCAACUAUCAAUUCAUCUAAUCCACCAUAUGAGGAUGAUUCUACCAAUUACAAUCUUCGAAGCUCACGGCCACAGGAGUUUGCAUUCCAACAUUUGGCUCCUGACUAUACUUGCCAAUUUAACAAUCCAACCCGGGACUCUCAGAUCCAAAAUAACGCUCAAAGUGUCCAACAAGAACGAUUGCAACGAAUCCAACCGGCUUUUGGACAUGCUCCCAAUUCAGCUUCUCAAACGCGCGAUCCACGUACUCUACAACAACCUAGGUGGGAUGGAUUUCAAUUUGAAAUCUCAGCAAAUCAUGGACCUUCUUUUGUUUUGCCGUCGGGUUAUUCCGCACCACCUCAAUCUUUUAACCCACGUCAUCAUGAUGGACCAUCAAGAAUUGAGGGCAACAUCUUCCAACAAACUCAAACCGAGCCCACAACCUUUGCAAACCCCUCUUGCGUUCGUCAAACAUCCAUGAUGUCUAUCUGUUCCGCUGAGAAUCAGCUAAAUCAACAACUUCAACCUGGUCAAGGUGUCCAAAAUGACCAACAACCCCAUUUUCGCCCUGUACAAGCAGCAACACCUACUCAUCAACAACCAUCGGGUACGUCAACCAAUCAACAACCUCAUCCUGGUCAAAGCAACCAAUUCAGAAGAAUGUCAGCAAAUGACCAACAACCCGAUUCUCGUCCUGUACAAGCAGCAACACCUACUCAUCAACAACCAUCGGGUACGUCAACAAAUCAAGAACCUCAUCAUGAUCUAUUCAGAAGAAUGUCGGCAAAUGACCAACAACCCAAUUCGGGCCCUGUACAACCAGCAACACCUACUGAUCAACAACAAUUGUCGGAUGAAGACUUAGAUACUCAAGAAUCCGACUCGGAAAGUCUUUUUGAUCUAGCUGAACAUCGCAAGUAUCAAAAUCGGGAAAAUUCACGUCGGACUCGAAAUACAAUGGCAAGACAUGAUGGCACUCGCUAUGAGAAGCUUGCCAAGCCUCCAGCAGAGUGCUCUCAGUAUGAGCGACUCACCAUUGCAAUCCAUCAUUACAACAACAUGCUCCUAGGCAUUGUUCGCAAACGUAAAGGUCGGAAGGGCAAUCGUUCACUCCCUCCGCCACCUUCCGACGACGAGUAUCGCGCUUGGGAUAGACGCAAAGUCGAGCGCCGACGCCUUGUUGAUGAGAGCGUCAAAAAAGCUCGUGCUCGUUACCUCCGAAAAAAUCCACAGGCUCCCACUGCCCAGCUUGCUAAAGUUGGCGAUCACGCGGCUCAGCGCGCCAUCUCCGAAAUUCCGCCUGUCAAAUUCAGCUCCCUAGUCGCCCUGAGGAAUUCAGGUGGUCUUUAUUCAACAACCGUUGCCUCUACCUGCGAAGGUACAUUGGCCCUUUCUGGAUUUUCGCGCUUUACCUACGAUUGGACUGAUUCUAUCAAGUCCAAAUGGAAUGAAGCCAUCUCUUCUCUUAUCCUCCAAGAGUGGGAGAAGUGUUACAAGAGGGGCGAUGCCGAUGAUUAUGACAUCGAUGUCAAUCAGGUGACACCGAAAAAUACCAGACAAGUUCUCGACCGGUGGUUCAACACCAAGGCUCGCGAAUAUGUAACUCAGUGCAAUAAGGAGACGCUUGGGGAGAAUCAAAACGAAGCAAUAGAGCAGGAGGCUUCAAAAGAGAAAACUCGCCGAAGAGAAUCGCAAAAGCGGCUUCGCCAAAAGACUUUCAAAGAGUUUUUCCCGGAACACCACGGCCUCCACGCGAUCUUUUCAGAGAGAUCACUUCAUUCUGAAGAUGAAGUGGACUCUGCUGGCCACUCAUACCGAAAACCAAAGCUUUGGCGGCAUCAAUAUCUUAUUGAAUUCCUCCAUGAGUUGGACAACCUGCAUAUCAAACAACAGGAGGGUGACCAGGCUGUCACUUCCGCUGUCAAAGCUCUAAGCCGUGGGCCUUAUGCUGCUGCAGUGGAAGCAGAUUACCUUGCACGACCCCCCAAGGGAUUUCCGCAAGCUCUACUUGACCAGCAAUUCAUGAAUCGCCAUGUCUCAAGAGUUGUCAUCUUGAGCCUUAAACUAUCCGCACACAAUUAUGAUUUGAGGCCUGUACUUGCCCAUGUUAAAUGGCUUCAGCUAACCAAAGGCAGUUGA